AUGCCUCUAAUGCGAAACCCUAGAUUCUUCUUCUCUCUUCUCAAAUGGGUAUCUCUCGAAACUCAGAUUAAAUCCUUAAACCCUCAGAUUUCCGGAAUUAGGUCUCAUCUUCGUCACACCUUAAACCCGAGGUAUCUCGCCACCGGCGAGAAACUGAGCGUUAAAACCCGAAUCGAGAAUCAAAGAAAGGCUCAGGCUGCGAUGUUGGAUUACUUCUACAUCACGAGAGGGUUACAGUAUCUAGUCGCAGAGAGCAUGAGUAAGAACGCUCCUCUUUUCAACGACAAUCUCUUACAGAAGCUGGAUUGUGAUACUCCCGAUGAUGAUUCUGACAUUGCUCUAUCGAUCACUAGGUUUCUACGGUUCCAUCCCAUAAACGAAUUCGAGCCUUUCUUCGAGAGUUUAGGCCUUAAGCCAUCAGAGUACAGUUGUCUCCUUCCUAGUGAUAAGAUGUUUUUGAACGAAGAUUCCUUUUUGCUUGAGAAUUAUAAUACUUUUUGGAUAUAUGGGAUUGGGUUGAAGCAGAUGGGGAAGAUCUUUAAGGAAGCUAGGGAGGUUUUUGGGUAUGAGAGUGGGGUUUUAGCUUCAAAGAUUAAGGCUUUUGAGGAUUUGGGAUUGAGUAAGUCGUUUGUAUCGAAGAUUAUUGUUUGUAGCCCGAGGAUAUUGAUUGGGGAUAUGAAUGUUGAAGUGGCUAAGGCUUUAGAGAUUCUGAGAUGUGUAGGAGUUGGGGUUGAUUGGGUUGAUGAGAACUUGUCAGAGGAGGAGGAGGAUGUGUCUUAUGAUUGGAGGUCUAUGCACAGAGUUUUAAGCUUGCUUAGAGAUCUCUUUUUGGAUGAUAGUGAGCUACGUGAGUUGAUCAAGAAGCAUCCAAGACUUGUUUUUGAGGAUUCAGGGGAAUGGACUUUGUUUCUAGCUGGGUUUCUAACCAAGUUUGGUUCAUCUAAGAGGGAACUCUCUUCGUUUUUUCUAAAGUUUCCGGGAAUUGAGGUAAAGAAAUGUGUUUUGAAUCUGAGAAAUUGUUUAGUGUUCCUGAAGCAGAUCAAGAUGGAGUGUGAUGAGAUGGGUAAAAUUUUUCGUGCUCACUCCUUUUGGCUUGGUGCAUGUUCUUUGAAGAAACCGAGAACCUUACUUGAUAGACUGAACGUUGGGACUAGGAGGCUUUGUCAGGUCAUCGAAGAAAACCCAGAGGUGAUGAAAAAAUGGAGGAUGGGUUUAAAGGUGCAGCCACUACCUCCUACAGGGGAAGAGGAAACGUCGAGGUUAAUGAAGACACAGUUCUUGAUCAACCUCGGAUAUGAGGAGAACUCAGAGGAGAUGGAGAGAGCUGUCAAGAAAUUCCGUGGGAGAGGAUCAGAACUCCAACAGAGAUUCGAUUUCCUUGUCAGCUUGGGUCUGAAUGAGAAGGAUGUUCGAAAUAUGGUGAACGCUUUCCCUCAGAUCCUGUGUCAAGCGUCUGAUCUUCUGGAAGCAAAGGUUAACUACAUUGUCAACGAACUUGGCUAUCCGUUUUCGAUCUUUGUGACUUUCCCUUCGUGUCUAGUGUUUACUCUCCAGCGGAUGAAGCUCAGAUUAGGGAUGAUUCCGUUUAUGGAAGGCAAAGUAAAGGCAAUGAGCAGUUUACUUGGGUGCUCGGACCAACAUUUUGUGUCUCACUAUGUAAAUCGCCACCCUGAUGGGCCUAAACAUUGGGAGGAUUUGAAGAAACAGAUUCUCUACGAGUAGAACAACUAGUUUCCUUUAUUUCUUUGGUGUUCAAGAUUAACAAGAUCAACCAAGGCAUCUAGAUAUAGGAUUCACCACAACAAUACACUGAGCAACAAGUACGACGGCAAUCCCCAAAUCACUGUUCAUAUCAGAUGUAAUAUUCAUAGCUUCCACUUGGGGGACCUUGAGAUUGUUGUGGUCGAAAUAUUAUGUGACUAAAUUAGAGUAUCAUCACUUCGAGUAUCAGAGCUGGAGCAGCUAAGGUACUACAAGUCAUGCUCGUCCGUGGCUAGGCUUUACUCCAAUCUUUCUGCAUCCUCGGUUUUUUUCUGGAACCGUGAGGAGGUUCUCUUUUCGUUUAGGGAAUCCAUUUUUUUUUUGCGGAGAUCACCGGUUUACAUGAAGGAAGAUGGAGGUAAUAGGCUAUCAAGUUUACCUGUGCCAAGGGCUUAAAAUGACAAAAACAAAAGCUAAAAAGAUUCCGUCUCUGGAGCUGGAGGAAUGAUGUUCUUGAUUUUUUGGGCUAUUCAGUUUUGGAGAAUAAAAUAUGUACUUAAAACCAUGUUUUGGUUUGGUUCUGUCUGUCAAAUUAUAAUUGUAUCAAAAUGGCUUUCUUUGCCUCCG